GAGAGAGAAGCGGAAACGCCGCGGACGUAGGAGGAGUCAACGAUCGGGUAACGUCGCGGUAACGUCGUCGUCGGGCUCGUCGGCGUGGACGACGACGGCGGUGUCGCGGGUGCACGAACCCGUCGCGAACGGGAUCAACGAGAGGCGCGCGAUUAAUCGAUGCCGUGGCCGCGAUGCGCGCCGAGGCCGUGCCGCCGCCGUGCGACGGCCGAGACGUUAAUCAAACCGUCGAUUGACCGAGCGAAUAGGCGAGCGUGCGUAUUCCGGAUUCCGGGGGACGGGGCGGCCGCGCACCUUCCCUCGAGCGAGCGCGAAGGGCGGAUAGAGGGAUAGAGAAAGAUAACGAGAGAGAGAGAGAGAGAGUAGAGAGUGAGAGAAGAGAAGAGGAGGGAGAACGAGCGUGUAAAAGCGAAUUGAAUUCCUACGCUCGGCGGUAACGUACGGUGCCGGAACUGCAGCCAGUGCCGCCCGAUAAACCAUCCGUUUCUUUCCGCGCGACGGCGGAUCGCGGAUCGCGGGAGGGCCGACGAGAGAGACGGACCGAGAGGGAGAGUGAGAGGGAACAAUUGGGAGGGUUAGAUGAAGGGAGGGAGUACGUUUCGAUAGAGCGAGCGCGAACGGCGAGCGCAGCGACGAGGAAUCCGGAGUCCGGAGUCCGGAGUAGGUACGAUCGAGGGGAGCGAUCAGCGACCGAUUGGGUAGCGUGCGUCGAGAAGCCGAAGGAUCGCCUCACGAUGGACGAGUGCAUGCUGAACGACUUGUUGGAGUGCUCGGUAUGCCUGGAGCGGCUCGACACGUCCAGCAAGGUGCUGCCGUGCCAGCACACGUUCUGCAAGAAGUGCCUGGAGGAGAUCGUUAGCACCCAUCGCGAGCUACGCUGCCCGGAAUGCCGCGUCCUCGUGGACGCCAAGGUGGACGACCUGCCGCCGAACGUGUUGCUGAUGCGCAUCCUCGAAGGGAUGCGCAACGCCGCGCCGAAGAACCAGGCCAAGUCCGCUCUGCCAUUGUCGAGGUCCUCCGGCCCCACCGCCGUCCCCCAACGGCUGUUCGGCGGUCACCAGGUCGCCCCGGCGCCCAUCGUCACCGGCAAUCUCGCGCCCACCAUCGGCUCCGAGCCGGCGGUGCGACACUCCAAUGCCGCCGCCAAGCAGGUACACCUGCACAACCAGGCGUACGGAAGGGCGAUCUACGAUUAUGUCUCCAAGGUGCCAGGCGAUUUGAGUUUUAAAAAGGGUGAUAUAGUCAUCCUCCGGAAGAAGAUUGAUAACAAUUGGUAUUUCGGGGAAUGUGGUAAUAAUCACGGUGUCUUUCCUCUGUCUUACGUUCAGGUGAUGACGCCUUUGACACCACACGUACCUCAAUGUAAAGCGCUAUACGAUUUUAGGAUGACAAAUGAUGACGAAGAUGGUUGUCUAACUUUUAACAAGGGGGAAGUAAUCAGCGUUAUCAGAAGAGUGGACGAAAAUUGGGCAGAAGGUAAACUCUUGGACAGAAUUGGUAUCUUUCCACUAGCUUUCGUCGAGCUGAACAGCGUCGCUAGAGCUUUGAUGAAACUCUCGACCAACGUACAGCCGGGACCGUCGAGGGUAGCCCCGCCAACUCCGACGAACGAAGAAACCACGCCGUUGAUACCAACCGAUCACUCGCGUAAUGUGCAAACAACGAGCCAGUCUCGACCGCAAUUAGUACAGGUAUCUGAUUCUGUCUCAAACGUAUCGUCUGGCGGCAGCUCCACGACCACUACUCCGAACACCCCCAACAGUUCGACCACAUCCAGCAGUUCCAGUACGGCCCCGAGCAGCCCUGGGAGUCCGGCGACGUCGCCACCCGCGGUCGGCAACAGGCAUAACGUUAAACGUCAUAGUUUCACUGCCGUCAAUACAGGUCAUCAUGCACAUCCCCAUCAUAGACAUAGCGCUGAAAUACUUAGUCCUCCGGUAGACAGUGUCCCUAAUAACGCCAAUAAUAGCGGAGGCAAUGAGCCGUUUUCCUCCUUACAAACGAGCGGUAGUUGUACGGAUCACAGUCUUCGUCACAGGCGAAGUGGCAGCAGCGAUCUCGUUCUCGCCCAGGCGUCGCAAAAUAUACCCGCUGGUCAGACUACCAGCGCAUCCGGCGGGACGCAUUUACCUGCGGCAUACGUAGCAUUAUAUCCAUACAAGCCCCAGAAAGCGGACGAGCUUGAGUUACGAAAGGGCGGGAUUUACAUGGUGACGGAACGCUGUCAGGACGGAUGGUUCAAAGGAACGUCCAAUCGUACUCAGAAGUGCGGGGUUUUUCCUGGAAACUACGUUGCACCUGCCAACAGAUGUCAACGCGGGCUGUGCCGUGGAUCUCCAAACUCACCGAGCCAACAUCAAGGUUCGCCACUGUCGAACGCUCCGUCGAACGCUGAGUCACGUUUGGCGGUGACAUACACGAAGAGCAAGGGUCCCGCGCCGCAGCCGUAUAAUCCUCGCACCCUGCCGCCGCCUGAAUUACCGCCGCGCGCCAUCAGCCCAUCCACGACGACUGUGUCUUCGUCCUGGCACGGCGCCGCUCAGUCGAAUCAAGGACCGAAUCAAGAAACUAGUCCGCCCCGACACAACGACCAGAAUGCAGCUGCCACCCCGCUCGGACGCAGUCACAGCGCGGUGAUGACGGCAAAUAUUCCUUCCCCCGGUAAACAAAUCGCCGUGUCGUCGUCGCUACAACCGGCAGCAGGUAUCAAUAAUGCUAAUAAUAGCAGCGUUACUAUCCCAGCUCCUUCCUCUUCCGUGAGUGACAUGAAUAGAAGCCCGAAUAAUACUCUACGUGUAGCAGGCGGUAUCGCAACGUCGAAUGCAGCUGCGACAGCGUCCAGAACCACGGAAAAGCCCAAGGAAAAGAAGGAUAAAUGCGUCUCUUUGAUGCGGCGCUUGACCAAUAUUAAAAAGUCUAAAUCGCCUCCACCUACUACGUACUCGAUGGAUAAUCCUGUAUUCGACGACGGUAAUUCCGUCAAUCCGAUGCACGUUCGAUCGGGGUCUUGCCCAAGUCAGUUGCUACAGGUGGUACCUACACAGGAAUUAAACGCUUCAAACAGCCCACACCGCUUAGGUCCAGGCUCUGUGCAAGGGCACGUCACAUCCUCACAGAGACUGAAAUACAAGGAGAGACCCUCCUUACCAGUGUCAGUAACCCAGAGAUCCAAUGAAUCCGGUGCAAUGGUAUGCUCAACCGUUGGAAAUCAUCAUCGCAAGAGUAAUUCUCUAGACGCUGGAAUGGGAAAGCAAAUGAAGCAGCAAUCGUCGCGCGACCGCACGGGGUAUAGAUUCCGUUGUAUCGUGCCAUAUCCGCCUAACAGCGAGUUCGAACUGGAACUACGCGUGGGAGAUAUAAUAUACGUGCAGAAGAAGCGCGACGACGGAUGGUACAAGGGUAUGCAGCAGCGUACCGGUCGUACGGGGCUAUUUCCGGCGAGUUUUGUGGAGGCUUUCUGAGACCCGACGCAAAGUCGCCUAGUGUUAGAAACUUGUAUAUAACUUGGCCUUUUGUGUAAGUAUUUACACGACACAUUCGGAUUCGGGAUUACGCCGGUACGGCGUAUUUGUCGUUGGUUUUCUCCGCCGCUCUUCGGGAUGUUAUCGACUUCAAAGCGACUAACACAUGCACGCGUAUCACGCAUGCUGUAUCUCGAGCUGUGCAAUGUAUUUAGAGCCGUUGUGCGAACUUAAUGGGCCAUUAAUUAAACGUGUUGUAAUAAACGCGCCGUGUAAAUGAUCGACGACAGUGUCGAGUUAAUAAAUGCAUUCGCGCGGUGGGUGCAAUAGGAAAUUUUAGCGCAAAACAAUUAUGCGUAUUUCGCAUGUAAAUAUGUGCAAAAAAUGACGAAGGGUAGUACAUAAUGCUGAAAACUACUCGGAAUUUAUACUGCCAUUGGUUAUGCGUAAUUGUAACGAGAUAACGAAUUCAUUUUUGCGCGACGUUACUGCCAUUUGCGAUCUUAAGGGAAGGAAUAUCGGUUUUCCUUUUUGAGCUACUGAUUUCAAACUUGCUAUCUUUUUCGACAUGCGCGCAAUGUAUAAAAAAGAUUAAUAUGGGUUGUGUAAUAAUCAUGCUUAUGCGCGUGAAGCCAUUCAUGACACGUAAUUAAAAGUAGAAUUAUGGAAUAAACGAAGAGGAAAGAAAUUGCGUGUGGAGAAAAGAGGAUUUUUCUUAGAAAAAUCUAAAUAUCUCGGGGGGGGGGGGGGGCAUACGCACACGUAGACUAAUACGAAACAAUAAGCGCAAACGACAGUCUGUGCGAUGAUACGCUUAAAUUUCGUCAACAAUGUUAAAUGUUGGAGUUGUACUUGCGAUUGUCUGGAUGGGACCGUAUUUGUAUAUGUAUAGUCGCUAAUCUAACUAAAAGUUGAAAUUCCAUCAUUUUCGACUUUAGAGAUUUAAGCGUAUUGUUGCACGGAUAUUUAUUUUAUCCUGAGAUAUUUAGGAUUAUGGAUCUGAUCCAUAUUUAUUGUCAGUCAUACCGGGCUUUAUAUAAUUUUUCUCUUCCUUAAUCUGCCAUUGUAGACGAUCGGCUUAUUUGCCACCGAUAAUUUAUUAUGCUUGUGUAUCGAAAGCUAUAUUAUACGAGAGCACAACCAGUAAUUUUAUUAUUGACAUUCAAGACUGGACUACGUUUUAAAAUUGUUGAUCGAGAUUAGGUGAAUGUAUUAUAAUGUCUUUUCUUAGCAAAGGAAAAUGUUCUAUUUUAACGAACAAUUCGGAUUGUUAUAGGCAAUUUAGCUAAAGUAUUUAGAAAAUGGCCUUGAUACGCGCAAUGUUGAUGUAUUAUUAUAUACUUUGUAUACAUCAUUUUAUAACUCGAUUUAUAACUUGUUUUCUAAUUUAUAAAGUCACACAGACAUCCAUGGCAUGAUGACGAGUUGGUUGUUUAAACAACUAAUUCAGGAUAAAUAGGAAAAUAUCCAAUAAAUUAAAGUGCUUCCAUUAUCUGAUUGCUGAUCAGUACGUAGAUAUAAAAUUUUGUUACGUUCUUUAUAUUUUGUAUUAUUAUUCUUCUAUUAUUCUUAUUAAUUGUACAAUU